UGAUUCCGGUCCCUUAUCCGUUUUACGCAUCAGCCUGCCACAAGUUCAAAUAUUCUCUUUCCAUCCGUUUUCUCUCUCUCCUCGCUCUCCUGCCUUUUCCCCUCUCCUCCAAAUGCUUCUCCAUCUCCCGCCAAAUUUCAGCCUCCUUCCCUCCAAUUUCAAAUCCAUCCCUCCUCCCAAAUCUCAUUUUCUCCUCGGUAAACCCCGCCGGAUUCGUUUUCAGUACCGCUUCCGAUGUUCCAAAACCCUGCCAGAACUAACCGCCGUCGACUCCUUCACGAAAUACUCCGGUUAUCUGUUUGAAGGCGGUGCGUCGGAAGCGGAAUCUCUCGUAGAGUAUGAUCCGUCGAAGAUCGGCUUCAUUUACCGUCGGAAGCCGAUACUCCUCAUCCGCCGUCUUUUCCAGAUUGGCGUGACGUUCGGGCGGUGGUUUGGCCUUCGCUAUCUCGAUAGUGUGUUGGAAAGAUCCGAUCAGAUGUUCGAGAUCAGGGCAGCUGAGCUUCGCGCGAUAUUAGUUGAACUUGGGCCGGCAUUUGUCAAAAUUGCUCAAGCUUUCUCAUCUCGCCCAGAUGUGAUACCUCCAGCAUAUCUGGAUGAGCUUUCGCUGUUGCAAGAUCGAAUAGCACCUUUCUCAACUGAAAUCGCUUUCAAUACCAUAGAGAAAGAGCUUGGGUUACCAAUAGAUAUGCUUUUCUCAGAGAUCACAUCAGAGCCUAUUGCCGCAGCAUCCCUAGGGCAGGUUUAUAAGGCUAGCCUUCGUCCUAGCGGAGAGUUUGUUGCUGUCAAAGUGCAGAGGCCGGGAGUUCAAGCAGCCAUUUCUUUGGACAUUUUUAUCCUCCGAUAUCUUGCAGGGUUUAUACGGAGAGCUGGGAAGUUUAACACUGAUCUUCAGGCAGUGGUCGACGAAUGGGCAUCAAGCCUUUUUCGGGAGAUGGACUACAGGGCAGAAGCCAGGAACGGUCUGAAAUUUAGAAAUUUGUAUGGGGAAUUACAAGAUGUUUUUGUACCAAAAAUGUAUUUGGAGCAGAGUAGUCGCAGGGUCUUAAUUAUGGAAUGGGUUGAGGGGAAAAAGUUAUCUGAAGUGAAGGAUCUUUACUUGAUUGAGGCAGGAGUAUAUUGCUCACUAACUCAGCUGCUAGAAUAUGGAUUCUACCAUGCAGAUCCUCAUCCUGGAAACCUUCUACGGACAAAUGAUGGGAAGCUAGCAUACUUGGAUUUUGGUAUGAUGGGUGAAUUUAAACAAGAACUGCGGGAUGGAUUUAUCGAAGCUUGUCUCCAUCUUGUGAACCGUGAUUUUGAUGCGUUAGCUAAAGAUUUUGUCACUCUUGGGCUUCUUCCUCCAACUGCACAGAAGAGUGAUGUAACAAAGGCAUUAACAGAUGUCUUCCAAAGUGCUGUAAAUAAAGGAGUCCGCAAUAUAAGUUUUGGUGACCUGUCAGGAAAUCUGGGACGCACCAUGUACAAGUUCAAAUUUCAAAUACCCUCAUAUUUUUCUCUUGUCAUUCGGAGCCUUGCAGUUUUGGAGGGUAUUGCAAUUAGUUUCAAUCCUAAUUACAAAGUUCUUAGUAGUUCAUACCCAUGGAUUGCAAGAAAAGUACUCACUGACAACUCACGUCAGCUUAGGUCAACAUUGCAGGAUCUCCUUUAUAAGGAGGGUAGAUUCAGGAUUGAUCGUUUGGAAUCUUUACUUACCGAGUCCCUUCGUGCAAGAACAGAGCAAUCAUUGAUAAAAAAGGAAUCAGUAGACACAGGUUCCAAGGUGGUUAUCAAGCAGAUACUUUCCUUCACAUUGACUGAAAAGGGUGCAUUUGUGAGGGAAAUACUUCUGGAAGAGUUUGCUAAGGGUAUAGAUGCACUGGGUUUAGCAACCAUGGACUCUGUCACUUCUGCUGCUAUUUCGAGGUUGCCAUUUAGUCAUUUUCCAUCAUCCACAAUGGCAGAGGAGGAUAUCAACAACUUGAGAACCCUGCGCCGCCUGAUGCUAUUGUUAUCUGGGCUUCAAAGGAGUGAAAACUUAAAUGAUGGAGGGAAAGAUGUUAUCAGGGUGGAUGAGAAUCAGAAAACAGGCUUGGAGGAGGCAUUACUUGUUCUUUAUCAAUUGCCAUCCGCUCAAGAUUUUCUGCCCAUUCUUUCCGUAAUUCCUGAGCUUCCACCCGAAUCUCAGCAGCAAUUGCUUCUGUUGCCGGCUGAUUUGGCUGGAAGGCUAGUGUCUCGUGCAGUUGCAAGAACAAUUCGGAGGGUUGUUAUCUAAGCAUUUCAAUAGCCCAUACAUUGUUACAUCAAACUCCAGAGAAGUGCUGUCGUGUAAAUAUCAUUAAGAGACCCAUUGAAAGCCUUCCGCAUGCUAACCACGCUGGAUCAAAUUUCAAAGCUAAAUUCUGGUAACUAUGAAGGAUUGGUCAAUGUGCUGAUAAGACAGAUGGCUUAUUGUUUGGCAAAUUUCCUUGCCACUAAUUCAAAUACCGAUGAUUCAAUUGAUUUUAAGUGUGGAAACAGAUUAUCUAAUUGAGAUAGGUAGCUUGCUUGCCUAAUUUGUGAGUCCCAUGGACUGUUUUCUUCUUAUUAAGAAAAGAAGGAAAUGAAGUGGUAUCGGUAGAUAAUAUUGCUAUA